CUUUUUCAUUACAUCGACGCCCUCCUUGCGUUUCUGCACGACGAUCCGCAAUGGCACCCAAAAGGGGUAACAUCAAGCCCAGUGUACCAGCGCCUGUUGAGAAGAAAAAGGUGGUCGAGAAAGUCGCCAACCCUUUGUUCGAGAAGCGCCCCAAGCAAUUUGGUAUUGGAGGUUCUCUCCCGCCUAAGAGGGAUCUUCACCGAUUCGUGAAGUGGCCCAAGUAUGUCCGCAUUCAAAGACAACGCCGUGUCCUGAACCAGCGACUGAAAGUGCCCCCAGCCCUCAACCAGUUCACCAAAUGUUUGGACAAGAAUUUGGCUGCUGGUCUGUUUAAGAUGCUUUUGAAGUACAGGCCUGAGGACAAGGCUGCCAAGAAGGAGCGUCUUCUGAAGAAGGCUCAGGCUGAGGCUGAGGGAAAGACCGUCGAGACCAAGAAGCCUAUUGUUGUGAAAUAUGGUCUCAACCACGUCACUUACCUGAUUGAACAGGGUAAGGCCCAGCUCGUUGUUAUCGCUCACGAUGUCGAUCCCAUUGAGUUGGUGGUGUGGCUUCCAGCCUUGUGUCGCAAGAUGGGAGUCCCAUAUGCUAUCGUGAAGGGCAAGUCUAGACUCGGUCAAAUUAUCCACAGCAAGACUGCAUCCGCUCUUUGCCUAACCUCAGUAAAGAAUGAAGACAAACAUGACUUCAGCAAGAUUGUUGAGGCUGUGAAGGCUAACUUCAACGACCGCUAUGAUGAGUACCGCAAGCAAUGGGGAGGAGGCAUCAUGGGUGUCAAGUCCCAGGCUAAGACCAAGAUCAAGGAGAAAAUUCUUGCCAAGGAAGCUGCUCAAAGAGCGGCUUAGAGGAUGGGUUAUAGCUUUCCCUCUAGCCGACAGUUUUGCGGAACAUCAUAUGUAUCCGACAUUUUUGAACCAUCCAUAUCACAUGAGUCCAGCGUUUUCAUAUCCUUGUGUCCAUCUACUCGCAAUGAAUGCCGCAGUUUCAAUUCACUGGGACAGUCUAUUAUCAACAAUUUGCUGUGUUGGCUUGUGUCCAUCCACUCGCAAUGAAUGCCGCAGUUUCCAUUCACUGGGACAGUCUAUUAUC